AUGAGCAGCAUUAGCCCAUUCAGGGGCUAUAACAGAGCAAAUGAGGCGCCAGAUGAUCAGUCCUCAGGGCGAAGGAGAUUAUAUAGAAGGAGGAUUCUCAUCAUCUCCAUUUCCUCCAUCUUCCUGGUUGCCAUUAUCCUCGCUGCCAUCGUCGGGACUUCAGCCUCCAAGGAGAAGGGCUCCGGCGAACAGUCCUCUCCAUCACAGACGUCUUCUACCUCAAUCAAGGCCAUGUGCGCUCUGACUACGUACCCAGGGCAAUGCAGCUCCAGUCUUGAGAAUGUCACUGCCACCAACGUAGCGAACCCCGACGAGUUCUUCUUGUUAACCCUCCAGGUCGCCAUGAACGAGCUCCUUCGUGUCGCAAGCGUCCCGGCGAAACUUGCCAACCAGACGGAAGAUAGGCUGCUGCGGAAGGCCCUGGCCAACUGCCACUUUCUCAUGGAGGACUCAAUUUAUGGUAUCAACUCAACCAUCUUGGCACUACACAAAGCAAAUGUCGAGAAGAAGCUUAAUGAAUCGCAGGUUGAUGAUCUUAAGACUUGGCUCAGUGCGGCCUUGACGAACUUCGAUACUUGCCUAGAUGGAUUGGAGAACACCACAGGCUCGUUCAACGAGUCCAUGCAUACAACUUUGACAAACUCAACCCAGUUCACCAGCAACAGCCUCGCCGUGGUAGCAAAGAUUCUCGAACUUCUGAGCAAAAGUAGCCUUCCAAUAGGUGGUGCCCAACGCCGGCUUCUCAGUUCAGCUCCGGUCCAGGUCUCAGAAGAUGGCUUCCCGACAUGGCUGUCAGCAGAAGACAGAAGAUUGCUUCGGCCAUCCAAUAUCAAGGCGGACAUUGUGGUUGCGAAGGACGGAUCAGGGGAUUUCGCCACGGUGAAUGCUGCCGUGGCCAAAGCAGAGAGCAUGAGCAGCGGCAGCAGGUUCAUCAUCUACGUGAAGAAAGGUGUCUACACUGAAAAUGUCUUGAUUGGUAAGAAGUUAACCAACAUAAUGCUUGUAGGAGAUGGCAUGGACCAGACCACCAUUAGCGGGAGUCUCAACGUUGUCGACGGAACACCAACCUUCUCAACUGGAACUUUAAUUGUUGAGGGAAAAGGCUUCAUGGCGAAGGACAUUGGAUUUAGGAACACAGCAGGACCAGCAAAGCACCAGGCAGUUGCUGUAAGAUGUAGUUCAGAUUUCUCCGUGUUCUACAGAUGCAAAUUUGACGCGUACCAAGACACUCUCUAUGCCCACUCCAAUCGCCAAUUCUACAAGGAUUGCACCAUCCUUGGAACCGUGGAUUUCAUCUUCGGCAAUGCCGCUGCUCUGUUACAAGACUGUAAGAUCCUUCCAAGGGAACCAAUGAGUGGGCAGCAGGACACUAUCACAGCCCAAAGCAAGAGCGACCCCAACCAGAACACUGGAAUUUCGAUCCACCGGUGUCAGAUCCUCCCUUCUUCCGGCAGCAUAAAGGCACCGGUUUACCUAGGCAGGCCGUGGAAAGCUUAUUCAACCACUGUGGUCAUGGAAACAACGAUUGGAAGCUUGUUAAACCCAGCCGGCUGGCUUCCGUGGACCGGGAAUUCUGCGCCGGACACCAUCUUCUAUGCUGAGUACAAGAACUCGGGACCCGGAGCAGGAACAUCAAGAAGGGUGAAGUGGAAAGGGUACCAUCCAUCGAUUACUGAUUCGUUGGCAUCAACGUAUACAGUUGGGAAGUUCCUUGGAGGGAACGGCUGGCUUCCGGCCACCGGAGUUCCUUUUACGGCCGGCCUGUAA